AAGCAUAUAUUAGAGCAAAGGCAUUCGAAAAUGCUUACAAACAAAACCCUACUCAAGCUGCUUAUGCAACUCCGACAGUCUUUCAUUCUCCCUAUAGUUUUCCUAGUACCCCAAAUCUUAAUUUUGCUAGUUCGAAUGAGACGGCUGAGGCCUUGAAAAGUUUGACGAGUUCGAUUGAUAAGUUAAUAAACCAAUUUCAAGAUCAACGAAGGCCACUAUCUAGACCUCGGUCUGGAAAUUCUACCCCAUCGACUGUGACAUGCUUUACUUGUGGUCGUACUGGACACUAUAGUCGAAAUUGUCCUGAUUCAUUAAAUAAUCGUAAUAAUCCUCCAGUUAAUAACCGGCCGCCAACAACUAAUAAUAAUAAUUCUACCCCUAAUGGAAAUGACCCUCAGGAAACUCUUCAAGCGUUAUUAGCAUUAAUGAAUAAUAAUCCAGGUCUUUUUAAUAAUGUGGGGAAUCAAGCUUCGUAUUUAGGAAUUCCCGAUGAUGAAAC